AGAGUAGAGACAUCUAGCGGUAGACAGCCAACAAGGUUGCGUGUGUAGACACUCGCUCUUUUUUGUCGACAGUUUGGUGCGGGGGUGAUAAACAAAGGGUUGUCCGGGCUGAUUGAAACAUGGAAAACAUUGAAAGUAUAUUAGAUGAAUUAAAUGACUAUGAUAAGCAAAAGACCCCGGAAAUUCCAAAAAAUUUAGAAGAGUACAUCAAUCACCUGGCAAAGACUGGUGAAACACUCUUCCCCUGGCUCAAGAUCAGAGGUGUCCUCCGGCACAAGCUGGAAUUAGUCAUCGCCAAUUUUAAAGAAGUAUGUCCAACAGAGAACUUGCCCCCCUGCCCAAAUGUGGAACCUUUUAAUUUUGAGAUAGUGAAAGAUAAAAUUCUCCAACAAUUUGACAGCUUCACCUGUGCCCCUUUCACAAUACAGAGAUUGUGUGAACUCUUGUGUGCCCCGAGGAAGCACUACAAGAGAACAGACAAGUUCAUGCGAGGCAUAGAGAAGAACCUUUUAGUUGUUACCACAGUAGACCCAGAGCAAAGGAAACGUUCCGAAUCAGUAUCUUCUUCUCAAACGUUAGUUAACGGCGUUGUUGACAUAAAUGUGGGUUCCAGUCGACCACUUGCUACCUUCGCUGCCAAGAACGACUCUAGACCGGUUUCGGCUGCCUCAGAUACUGCAUCAGUUUCAGAUGCUGACUCUGGCAUUUCAGACACCGAAGACGAGGAUAAGCCGGCACGAAAAGAGCCGGUAUUGAUCAAGGCAUCUGGCACAGCAGAACCACAAGACCAAGGCGAGGCAAGAGAAACUACAAAUGGUGCUGUCGAUCAAGAAGAAGCCAAGCCGUUGCCAACAACAGAAGCAGAAACGGUCUCUCCUGCACUUGUCGAGUCGCCAGUGACACCGGCUGUCGUGACCAGCGAGGAGACUCCCACCGUCCAGAUGCCCGAAGAUGCAACAGGGUCGUCUACUAGUGAAUCCGAGAAAGCCGUAGUAAAGGAAGAGGAAGCAACGCCCAGUGAAGAGGACAGUGCCAAGAGCAUCGAUGUCGAGAGCGUGGCCUCUGAAGAGAAACCAGUCGACAUGGAAGAAGAGGAAUCGGCACCUCCGAAACUCGUUACGAAAGAAGAAACGACCGCAGAUGAGCGAAUAGUCGAAGUACAACCACAAGAAAGUGAAAUGACGUUAGCUCCGGAGGUGAGUCAACCACCAGCAGCAGCAGCGCUGAGCGAAACGUUGGAGACGCCAGUCAGUGAUAAGAAACGACCACUGGAGAAAGCAGUUGAUGGAGAUGAAGAAGACGACAGUGAACACAGUCCCGACGCUAAACAACCGAGAUUUUUCAGUCCUGAUAAGCAGGUGAUAGAAGACAAUCCCGUUCCAGCACAGACGACCGACACUCAAGUCGCCGAAGAAGAACAAAAUGCCGUGACACCAUCACUGGAAACGGUGGAAAAACCGGCAGAAACGGAUCCUGUAGUUCCUGCAACGGAAAGCCAUUAAAUCAUCAGACGACAAACAAAUUCAAAAACUGGAACAUUUUGUUUUUUUCGCGUGCUCACAUUCUCGGAUUUUUCAAAAAUUAAUUUUUUUUUUCUUUCAUCAACUAUAAACUUGCUGCUCUCGGUCUCUUACACUCAUUUGUGCCACGAAUGGAAAAGACCAACGUGCCCUCCUCCACCACCACCACCGUGUCACGUCCCUGUUCUCUUCCAAGGAUUCUUUUGUUUUUCCAGGGGAUUUUUGGGUGACUUAAUUGAUUCGGUCAGCUUAAUUUGCUGGCCUUCCUAUUCCUCCACUUUUCUCUGUCUCUCUCCCACCUUCUGUCCUUUUUUUUAAAAUCUCUAGCGUUGAUUGAGUUCAUUUUUUACAAAUCAAUAAAAUAAAAAGUCUCACUGAAAUUGCAAUGUUGAAAAUGACCUGAAAAAGAAAAAACAGAAGUUAGACCAAAAAAAAACACAUGGGUUUGUUAUUUAUUUGCUUGACGCGAAUACAAGGCUAGGAAACCACACAACAGCAAGUGCAGAUAGGUUUGCCAGAGACCGAGAACUUAGGAUUCAUUUUUGACAUGUCUUUUUUCUUUUUCUUGUCCAGCUGAUCAAAACGUGUAAAUCACCACUGUACACACACAUCACUUGACACAUACAUUCGCUUACAAGAAUGGAUACAAUUCUUUUUUAUUUGAUUGGGUUUUUUUUUGUUUUUGUUUACUGUAAAAGAAUGUUGGAGGGGGGGAGAGAGAAAGUGAAGAUCAUGAGGGGGGAGAAGAAAAGACAAGUCAGCGGGACACGAAGAUAGAAAUGAACGGCGGGAGAGUCUGGGGGACAACAUUCGUUCUCGUGAAACACGGGGAGGAAAAAGAACAGAAUUUUAGGCAGUUUUUCUUUCAAC